AUGAUGCAUGAUGGGUCCAGACUUCAGGACCUCAUUCGAGGACCUCAUUCGGGGAUUCAAGGGUCCCGGAGGGUCCGGAGGACCGCGUCAGCAACAGCCUGGAUAGACAGCGGAGCUGCGGAGCUCGUAAAUGCCCAAUGCAGGCCCAAUCGGAAGCAUGGCUCCCCUCCGUUUGUUCCUCGUGCUCUCUGCGGCCGUUCUUCUGGCAACAGCUGCCCCGAGCGGAGGCGCUGCGUUGCGCCAGCGAGGCGCCGCUUGCAGCAAAGAGCGUCCUUUGAAUCAGACACUAUUUCGCUCAGCAUCGCUGGAGUGCCCUCACAAACCCAGGCUGUCAAUGUGGGCUACCAAACCACAUUGACUUUCACCGUCACAAACACCGACAGCCAGGCUGCCGUCGUCGACAAGCUCAUCUCGAUUUCGGCUACGUCCGCCGGGUUUUCAUGGUCCCUCUCCCAGUUCGUGUCAACCGUCCCGUUCUUCUUUGCGCGGAACGGCCCCGGCUCAGUGACUGUCUCGCUAGCCCAGUUCCCGCCCGGGGCGAGUGCCCAGUUCUCCCUGGUGCUGACGGCGUUCCGAGUGAAUCUGUCAUCAGACCUGGCCUUCAUCAGCGGCGCCGACGUGCAGAUCUUUCUUCCGCAAGUCAAGGCCGCAGAUCAGGGCGUCUGCGGGAGUGGACCCGCCACUGACUUCCCCCUCCGCUGCUAUUACAACAACGAUCCGCAGGGCCGCUACGUGUGCUGCGACAACGAGGGCUGCGCUGGGUUCAACCCCCCACAAAAUUUCGUCCCGCGCUGCGCCAACAAUGGCUUCGUUCCCACUCUCACUCAGCCCCCUACCCCGACACCUACCGCUACCCAGCCUCCGCCGGCUACCCCUUCCCCUACCCCGGCCUCUACCCAAUCUCGGGCUACCCCUUCCCCGACCAGACCCACUACGAUCAACUUCCCCAAGGACACGCCCUGCCCGGUCGUGGGCGGCUUUGCGGCCAACAGCUGCUUCGACGCGGCCGGCACCUUCCACGCGUGCUGCGAGAACCCCGACUCGUGCGGCGCAUUCAAGGCCAAUGGGGACCCCACGUGCGCGGCCGGCAACUACCUGUCCCUGCCGUAAUUGCUUUUGUUUGGAAGAGUAGGUAAGCUCGAAAGAGAACCUCGCCAGGCGGGACGUAGAAUGUAGUAAUCCUGAGAGGCACAUGCGACUCGUAACUCCGAGCAUCGACUUAGGAAAGAUCGAGUUAAAACACUAAUUGAAGGAAAGUGAGAGGGGAUUUAUACAUUCUGGAUAGACAACUAAGCAUAAGGAGAGCGGGUGUUCUGACCCCACCCAGCUACUGAGGUUUUGAAAUGGACACAAUCUAAUUUAAAGUCCGUUUACUAGCUGAGCUACUAGUGAACACUUCUAAUAGGCUAUCGAGUAGUAAGGAGCGGUCCGUCUAACUCCAGCCAGCCGCUACGAUUUUCGAGCCGCACCGACUUUGAUGUCCGCUAAUCCUAGCUGAACAGGUUGGACGUUUGGUAACACAUUCACACGUAGUAAGUAGUCCCUAAGUUUUGCCUCCGGCGGCCUUUUAUGGAUCUUGACUUCGGAACCACACUUCGUGGGAUGUCCAGUUUAAAGAGAUGGU